AUGGCUGAGGUUGUCGAACGUAAUGUUGAGGAUAGUUUACCAGAGAUUGUACAUAUUCGCCGAGCAAAGCUUUUCAACGAAGCAGAACUGAGAGAAGUUGUUCGCCUUAGGAGACAUCAUGAAUAUAGUAUUCAAAAGCGCAAUAAACGACUCUCUGACUACGAGUCGUACAUUGCAGCAGAACUUGGUAUUCUACGACUUGUUAUCAUUCGGCGCCAAAAGACUAUGGAUUUCCGAUUCAAGGACGAGAUCGAGAGAUCAAUCAUUACUCGGCUGGUUCGACUCCAUAGGCAAACUUGCUACAGAUUUCAGUCUCACAUUGAUGUUUGGAUGCGGUUCUUGCUAUUUAAUCGGAAGCUUGGCCGUCAUAUGGCUGUCACCCGCCUUUGGGAGCGAAUCCUGCAGGUUCAUGGUCGAACUGAUCCGCGUUUGUGGGCGGCCGCCGCAUCGUUCCACUUAAAUGAAGGUGCUCGUGCUCAGGCCCGCGCAAUCCUGGCAAAGCUCAAAACCGAAAGGCAUGCACUCACAAUGGCCAUAAAGAAAGUGAAACGGCUCCGCAAAAGCCCCACGUGCGCACAGGAAGGAGUAGCAUUACGUUUGGAGACUCUUCAUUUGCACAAACUGCUUGAGUCAAUUAAUCGCUCCGUUCACCUGGCGUGGGAUCGCACCCACUUACGUGGGCUACGCGAGGCUCGACGUCUCUUGACUCAGGGCCUUGCCUUCAACGAAAAUUCUGUCUUCCUCCUCCUUGAACUCCUCAAACUGGAGGGUUUGGCCGCUGACUUCUUCAAAAAGCGUGUUGCCAAUAGACAUCAAAUGGCGAAGGACGAGCUGGAAGGUGAAGCCUCUGCUAGCAGAAAAAUAAUGGGACGGUACCGAAAUAUGCGGAAGGCGAAGGAGUCGGAGAGAGAGGAUGCUGUGGCUUUUAUGAAUGAGGUAACUGAGGAUGUGGACUCUGUCAAGUCUGGUGAAACGUUCAAUUUGGUGCUUGAACGCUUCUCCGCAUUCUCUAGUGCUAAUUCAAAUGAUUUGGCGGAUGCUUUGGAAAUCGCCAAGAAAUUUUCUUCCUUCACCGACAAAGCUAUAAUGAGGAAGUUAUCAAAUAGGCAGAAGGAGCUGCUUACAUCUGAAGCGACUAAAGUGAAGAUGGGACAAACGAUCACUGAAAGGGCGCACGCCACAGCGCCGCUGACAGAGGAUAUUGCUGCCUCAGCGGUGCAACGUCACAGUGAGCUAAUGCGUCUCCUCGAUGCCGAAGGCGUGGAGGCUGCGUUGGAGUCUUGGGACACCUGGUAUCACGCGCCUGGCGGUUCCAACGAUCUCCUCCGGGUAGCCGAUCCCUCUGCCGACCCCUGGUGGAUGCGUCUCCUCACUGCACGCAUCUACAUCCUUGUGGUGGCUAGGAUGCUGUACAAGUCAACCCAGCCGACCAAUACAGCGACGACGUCAAAGGAGGAUGUGACGGAGGUGGUGCGCGCUUACCAGGAAUUCCGUCUUAAGCAGGAGGCGCACGUUCGCAAAACGAGAGCCCUAAUGGACACCUUGGCCGCCUCCAACUGGGGCUCUAAAGUGCCCGAAUUUUGGCACCUCUACAUGGAAUUUGAGGCGAAGCUGGGCGACUGCUCACGAUUGCCUUCGCUACGGUGGCGGGCUGAAAAGUGUUUGGAGGAGGGCCCACGUGUCAAGUUCUUCGCCGUCCUUACAGCCGGUGGCCCGAAGGAGUUCUUAGGAUCUGAAAUUGUUGUGGUGGAGACCGCACGGAGUCUGAGACUUGUUGUGUUUUAA